AUGUCUGCAUCCGCCAACGCCUACCGGAAGGCGGCGAGGCAGAUGGCCCAAAAAGCGGCCAAUAACCGGACCGCACGCGCCGCCCUUGCUCAAGGGAACAACACUCAGAUGAUGGACAAGGGAAUAGUCGGUUCUUUCAUGCUUCCUGGUACGACGCGCCCGCUUUUCUCGACUGGCUCCGGGGGCGGCCUUCCACAGUGUGGAAAACGUGAUACUGCCCCAAAAGCCCGAACACUGAUAGCGCCUCCUGUUUUUCGAUCGAUUUUCCAAAGUCCCACCGAGGGCGCGAAGCUGCAAUUGGAUCGCGUCAAGACCAAGUCGAUGGACGCCUUCCGCAUGGUGGCCUCGUACAUCGCCUCCAAACCGUCUGUGCUCGCCAGCGGGCGCCUCCAGAUCCAGCGUGGCCAGAUCGUGCCGACUGCCAAGGAGCUGCACCGCUCGCUCUCCAAGGCCUUUGCAGCCGGCGACCUGGAUACUCUGAGGAGGGUGUGUCUGCCGAGCCUGUAUCAAAUGCUAUCUGCCAAAGUCUUGCAGCGGCCCACGGGCAUCCGUAGACAGUGGGAGCUUGUCAGCUAUACCAGCACUUUGAUGUACCCGCGGAUCGUCGACCACAAGCUCAUGGAAAUACCGCGAAGGGACGGUACCAGGACGACAGCUCACCAGGCCGUCGUAACCAUCCGCAGCCGGCAAAGGCUCGCCCAUUUUAAUGACAAGACCGGCGUGAGCACCGGCCCGCCCAAGGAGCUCGACGUGACCGAGCACCUGAUCAUGAUGCGCGAACUCGACUCGAAUGCCUCAACCCCUAGCGACUGGAAAGUGUUUGGCUACGCCGACGAAACCACGUAUCAGAGCUGGCAGGAAGAAAAGCGCGGUCUGGAGUUGUUGGCGAAACAAGGCGGUGCCCAAUGA